CAACGCUUGUGAAGACCUAGACAACAUAAACAGCUUCAAUUGGGCAAAGAUGGUACUAGAUUUUCUGAUGGAUGGGCUUCAGAGGUAUUGAAAAGAUCAUCCGUCAACUCUUUCUGGCUGCCUCCUUCUCAUAUAUUACUGGUUCUUGGAGAAGACAAAGAUCAGAAACUGGAUUCAAGGAAUGGAGAAUGAAAAACCGCGAUUUGUGAGGUGGUCAAUAAAGGAGCUGUUCAACCUGCAGAAGCUCCACCAGAAUCCAGACUGGCCGGAGGAGUUAAUAAGAGAAGGGCCGUGGUUGGAACAUAACUUCGUCAAGUUAUUGGGUAUGGAAGAGGAGCAGGAAACACCAACUUUCGCCAACUGGGUUCCACAAGCGAGUCAGGAAGAGAAAGAAGAGAACAUUAGGGUUACUGGGAACAUGAGAGUUCUCCUAAAGGAGAUGAAUACAGUGAUUGAAGACGAAGGUGACAAAAAGAAAAUGGAAGAGAAAAUGAAGACUAUCUUACAAGCAAAUGAAAACUUGGCAAACCAUAUUAAGGUGCUUUGGGAAAAGAUUAUGGUUGCUGAUGACAAGAUUUUGUCUAUGGAGAACAAAUGGACUAAAGUGAUGCAAGAAAACAGAGCGCACAAAAACCACAUCAGAGCUCUGAACAAAUUGUUGGCAAAGGCAAAUGGGAAGAAACCAGAUGAGAAAAGUAGUGAUCAGAGAGCUAAUCAACUUCAGAUGGUGCUGGCGUCAACGGAGCAAGAAGAUGGAACGAGGUAUGAAUAUGAUAGAAGCCAAGCUGAAUAUCAACCUCAAACACCAGUCAACGAAGAACCAAGGGGAGGUGAUCCAGUUAACGCAGUUCCUCUAUCUUUCAAGAAACCAGAAGAGGAAAUACUAAAUGAGGAGGAGAUACUAAAUGCUGUAGAAGCAGAAAAAAUAGAUAUAAUUGUCUCGACAAUUCUCGAAGCAGCUAAUUCGGCAGAAAUGGCAGAACCAGAGAAGAAAGAAACUGCCACAAAGACAGAAGACAUGAAAGAGAAGGAAAAGGUUGCCAUGCAUUCUAUUGAGAGGAACGUGAAACAAAACAAGAGAAAGGCAUCAAUUAAGGACAAGGAUGAGGAUUUUGAGUAUGACACUCCAGAGAUCUUGAAGACUUACGGAAAGAAAAGAAAGACUGCUCCACAAGAACAGCCAAAGCAGAGAAAGAAAGCCGAACAGAAGCUGGCAUCAAACCUGCAGAAAGGGAAACAAGUGCAGCAGCCAAUUCAAAUUAAAGAUGUGAAUUGCGAGAAGCACACUUGGAAAACCUUAAAGCCUGAACUCGCAAGACACUACCAGCAAUUCUUUGAGAUGGUUGAUGACAAUUUAUAUACCUACUGGACAAGUAGAAAUGGCAUAAUAGGGGUAACAAGGAGAGACAUGAAGAUUAUCAUCCAAGAGGAAGAUUUGGAUAUUAGUGUGAUCAAGGCUUACACUGAAAUAUUACAGAAUGAACUGAAAGAAAAGAAGACUCAAAUUGGAUUGCUGGACAUUGAAGCAGCGUACUACGCUAUUCAACAUGAAAAGAAACUGGCAGACUUCAAGAAAGAAGGAAAGAGCCUUUUGAAAGACGACUUCAAAGGCCAUGAGAUUGAAAUAGAGUUAUUUCUAAUUGAACAACUGUGGAGUAACUUCAGCUACCCCAAGGUGCUCAUCCCGAUCCACCAUUGCUACAGCCAGCACUACACACUGCUUAUCAUCGACAAUGAGAAAAAACGCUUUGUUCACAUGAACUCUAUGCUGCCUCCAAAGAAGGAAUGGACAAAAGAUAAUCACCACUACACCAACGCAAACUGGGUGGUAAAGCACAUAAGGAGGUUCAUCCGUGAUGUGAACAUGACAGCCAGAAAAUUUGACACUGACAGCCAGGAUCAAGACAACACAAGAGAAAAGUGUAAAGGUGAGGACGCUCAAGGAGAACUUAUCACUGAGGUUGAAGAAAUGACCGAAAGAGAGAAAGAGGUCAGAAGGUGGAUCUUGGAUAAUCAUAUAGGUGAACAGGACUACGAGCUUGUAGAAGACUUCAACUGCCCUCAGCAGAAAACCUCAUCGUAA